UUCUAUCUAUUCCCAUCUAUCCGGCUUCUAUGCUCAAUUGAGCCAUUGGAGGAUGAUCUUCUCGGGAGAGCAACCGUUAUUUAGUUGCGAGAUUGUUGUGCCAAUCUAUUGAUUGCAGCAAGCUUUCCUCUCCAAUUGAGCGAUCUGUUUCAGAACCGUGCCAGCAUGCAUACCAAAUGGGCUCAAAGAAUAUGUGCAAGAAGUCCAUAGAUGGAGUUCCUAAGAUAGCUGUUGCUAGUUGGAGAGGGUGUAAUGGGCAGUACUAUCUGCUCGAAGCUACUAAUGUCAACCCACUAAAGAAGACAGCUGAUGGCCUUAUAUACCAGGCAGGUCUCUCAUCCGCCGUCUUGGGAGAUUGGGUCUCAGGCAAUCUGGAGGGUCAUCGGACGAUUCCCGUUACGACUGGACUGAUCUCCUUGAAUUGAAGCUCUCCAGCGUAGGAUUUCAGCUUGACCACAACCAUGUUGCGUGGCAGAAGUCUUUAGAA